CUUGGGAGCCCCUAGGCCCCCGAGGGCAGCGCCUGCAGCCAGGCCUGGAGCCCCGGCCCCGCCCCGGUUGCCUGGGCCGGGCCUCCCCACCAUCUCCCCUGGGAGAGCGCCUCAUUCCUGCCCUUCACUUUCUGCCGUUACCUUGAAGACCUACAAUGCCUCACUGAGCCAGCCAGGAAGCUGAGUGGAGCCAAGCAGAGAGAAUCCAUGGAUGGACCCCUGGCAGGCGGCCUGGCCACCCCAGACCGUCCUCGAGGCCCAGAGAGACUGCCUGGCCCAGCACCAAGAGAGGACAUUGAAGGUGGGGCUGAGGCUGCAGAGGGUGAUGGUGGCAUCUUCCGGUCCACUCAUUACCUGCCUGUCACCAAGGAGGGCCCCCGAGACAUUCUGGAUGGCAGAGGUGGCAUUUCUGACGGGCAGCCCCAUCCCGGCCUCAGCGAAGCCCUCCCCCGUGCCACCUCCGCCACCCAUCGGAUCAGCAGCUGCUGCUGGGAUGGAGGCAGCCUGGACUUCCGGCCGGGUUCCCCACCACCCCAUCUCCUGGGCCACUUCCCUGGCCUCCCUGAUGGCCAGGGGUCCUGGGAGCAUCCCAUGGUCCAGGAGGCCGGGGAGGGCAUCCCAUCUGAGCGGAGGUUUAAGGACUCUGUCAUUGUGAGAACCAUGAAGCCCCAUGCUGAGCUCCAGGGCUCUAGAAGGUUCUUACACCACCAGGGUGAACCGAAGCUCUUGGAGAAGUCCCCCCGGGGCCACUCCAGAUUGGACUGGCUCCAAGAUACGGAUGAGCAGGCCCCAAUCCGGGACUCAGGGCUGCCCCUGGACCUGCCACCCCCACCACUGCCCUUCACCUCCUUCAGGACAGUGCUGGUGCCUGUGGAAGACACCAUGAAGACCUUUGAUGUGGCCAUGGUGGGCACUAGAGAACACCUGACGGACCUGGAAGGGCUAGCCCAGUCAUCCGCCGAGUGGGGCCUGCCACGGUCGGCCUCAGAGGUGGCCACGCAGACCUGGACAGUUAACUCAGAGGCAUCUGUGGAGCGGCUACAGCCAAUACUGCCUCCGGUCCAGACGGGGCCCUUCUUAUGUGAGUUGCUAGAGGAGGUGGCCGAGGUGGUGACCAGCCCAGAUGAGGAUGAGGAUGAGGACCCAGCUGUGUUCCCAUGCGUCGAGUGCAGCAUCUACUUCAAGCAGAAGGAGCACCUUCUGGAGCACAUGGGCCAGCACCGCCGAGCCCCAGGCCAGGAGCUCCCAGCCGACUUGGCCCCGCUGGCCUGUGGUGAAUGUGGCUGGGCAUUCGCUGACCCCAGUGACCUGGAGCAGCAUCGGCAGCUGCACCAGACCUCCCGGGAGAAGAUCCUUGAGGAAAUCCAGAAGCUGAAGCAGGUCCCAAGUGAUGAGGGCCGGGAGGCAAGGCUACAGUGCGCCAAGUGCAUCUUUGGCACCAGUUCCUCCAAGGCCUUCGUGCAGCAUGCCAAGCUGCAUGCACGCGAGCCACCAGGCCAGGCUGCCAAGGAGCCCUUUGGCGGUGGCAGCCCUGGCCCUGACACUACUGCCCUUGGUUAUCAGCCUUAUGGAGCUUCGUCAGGCCUCAGUGCCUGCAUUUUCUGUGGCUUCCCAGCACCCAGCGAGAGCCUGCUCAGGGAGCACGUGAGGCUUGUACAUGCUCGUCCCCACUGGGAGGAGGAUGGCGAGGCUUUCGAGGAGGACCCUGCCAGCCAGCCUGGCACCAGCCAGGAUGCAUAUGCCCGCUUCCCUGAAGCCACUGAGGACUACUUUGGCAAUGCUGAGCCACUCUUGGCCCCCUCAUGGCAGGAGAACCCUGCUGGAUACGACCCCAGUCUGGCCUUUGGCCCAGGCUGCCAGCAGCUGGACACAAGGGAUUUCCCACUGUCAAAGCCACUCCUGCGUGGCUUGGGCCAGAGGCCUCUGGGAAGGCCAGCCUUUCCCUCACCACUAGCAUCCACCCCCUAUUCCUUACAGCCCAGUAGAGGCAAAAAUAUUGUCCACCUGCAGGGGCUUCCAGCCCAACUAGGGGACCAGAGGCAUCCCUGGAGCGAAGAGGAAGAGGAAGACAUACAACUGGCCUCGGAAAUGGACUUUUCCCCCCAAAAUGGGAUCUUUCCACCCCCAGCUGUCCCUGGCCUCAUCCCAGAGCCAGCCCUGGAGCUGAAGCGGACUUUCCGAGAAGCCCUGCAGGCAGCCGAGGCCUCACCAGCGCAGCAGCAGCAGCUCCGUGAGAUGGUGCCAGUGGUUCUAGUGGCCAGGCUAGGGUCCCAGAUCCUGGCUACGGAAGCCAGGGCACCCCCAAGGUUGCAGCCAGAGGAGUUGGGGCUGGGGGCCACCCACCCCCUGGACUUCCUACUCUUGGAUGCACCACUGGGCAGCCCACUGGGGCUGGAUGCACUCCUGGAUGGGGACCCAGCGGUGGCGCUGAAGCACGAGGAGCGGAAAUGCCCCUACUGCCCCGAUCGCUUCCACAACGGCAUUGGCCUGGCCAACCAUGUACGCGGCCACCUGAACCGCGUGGGCGUCAGCUACAACGUGCGGCAUUUCAUCUCUGCCGAGGAGGUGAAGGCCAUCGAACGCAGGUUCUCCUUCCAGAAGAAGAAGAAAAAAGUGGCUAACUUCGACCCUGGCACCUUUAGCCUGAUGCGCUGUGACUUCUGCGGGGCUGGCUUUGACACGAGGGCUGGCCUCUCCAGCCAUGCCCGGGCCCAUCUGCGUGACUUUGGCAUCACCAACUGGGAGCUCACUGUGUCGCCCAUCAACAUCCUGCAGGAGCUGCUGGCCACCUCGGCUGCUGAGAGGCCCCCCAGCCCCCUUGGCCGUGAGCCUGGGGGACCACCUGGUGGCUAUCUGACCUCCCGCAGGCCCCGCUUACCUCUCACAGUGCCCUUCCUGCCCACCUGGGCUGAGGACCCUGGGCCAGCCUACGGAGAUGGCCUGAGUUCUGAGGAAAACGCCAUGGUGGCCAUGGACUUGGGCUCUCCCCAGCUCCCCAAGAAGAGUCUGCCUGUCCCCGGGCCCCUGGAGCAGGUGGCCAAUCGGCUGAGCAGCAAAGUAGCUGCAGAGGUUUCUCAUAGCAGCAAGCAAGAGCUGCCGGACCUCAAGGCCCAGAGCCUGACCACCUGCGAGGUCUGCGGUGCCUGCUUUGAGACACGCAAGGGCCUGUCCAGCCACGCACGGUCCCACCUGCGGCAGCUGGGUGUGGCUGAGUCCGAGAGCAGCGGUGCCCCCAUCGACCUUCUCUACGAGCUCGUGAAGCAGAAGGGCCUGCCCGACACACCCCUCGGGCUGCCCCCGGGCCUGACUAAGAAGUCCAGCUCGCCGAAGGAGGUGGUUGCUGGGGUUCCCCGGCAGGGCCUGCUCACUCUGGCCAAGCCCCUGGACGUCCCCGCUGUCAACAAGGCCAUCAAGUCACCUCCUGGCUUCUCAGCCAAGGGCCUGGCCCACCCACCCAGCUCCCCACUCCUCAAGAAGGCACCACUGGCCCUGACGGGCUCCCCUACCCCCAAGAAUCCUGAGGACAAGAGCCCCCAGCUGUCCCUGAGCCCCCGGCCAGCCUCCCCAAAGGCACAGUGGCCUCAGUCUGAGGACGAGGGGCCCCUGAACCUCACUUUAGAUAGUGACGGGGGCAGAGAGCUGGACUGCCAGCUGUGCGGUGCCUGGUUUGAGACCCGCAAGGGCCUGUCCAGCCACGCCCGCGCCCACCUGCGCCACCUGGGCGUCAGCGACCCGGAUGCCAAGGGAUCCCCCAUAGACGUGCUCCACGGGCUCAUCAGGAGGGUCGGCGUCCAGAAUCGCCUCCCACCCGGGCGCGGCGUGCUGGCCCAGCUGGGGCGGCCUCCUCCCGCCUCCGCGGCCCUCUCCUUGCUCCCCCCCCCACCGCCGGCCAAGAAGGCCAAGCUGAAGGCCGCGGGUACGGCCAGCCCCUGGGGGAAGCAGGACCUCUCGGCCGCCGGCAUUUUCUGGGCCUCUGAUGUGGAGCCGUCUCCUCUCAACCUCUCCUCAGGCCCAGAGCCAGCUCGCGAUAUCCGCUGUGAGUUCUGCGGCGAGUUCUUCGAGAACCGCAAGGGCCUGUCCAGCCAUGCACGCUCACACCUGAGGCAGAUGGGUGUGACUGAGUGGUACGUCAAUGGUUCACCCAUCGACACACUGCGGGAGAUCCUCAAGAGACGGACCCAGUCUCGGCCCGGUGGACCGCCUAACCCGCCCGGACCCAGCCCAAAAUCCCUGGCCAAGGUGGUGGGCAGCGGAGGUCCAGGCAGCUCUCUGGAAGCCCGCAGCCCUGCAGACCUUCACCUCUCGCCCCUGGCCAAGAAGUUGCCACCACCACCAGGCAGCCCCCUGGGCCACUCACCGACUGCCUCUCCUCCUCCCACGGCCCGAAAGAUGUUCCCGGGCCUGGCUGCACCCUCCCUAACCAAGAAGCUGAAGCCUGAACAAAUGCGGGUGGAGAUCAAGCGUGAGAUGCUGCCAGGGGCCCUUCAUGGGGAGCCACACCUGUCCGAAGGUCCCUGGGCAGCGCCGCGGGAAGACAUGACUCCCCUGAACCUGUCAUCCCGGGCAGAGCCAGUGCGUGACAUUCGCUGUGAGUUCUGUGGUGAGUUCUUUGAGAACCGCAAGGGCCUGUCCAGCCACGCACGCUCCCACUUGAGACAGAUGGGUGUGACUGAGUGGUCUGUCAAUGGCUCACCCAUCGACACACUGCGAGAGAUCCUUAAGAAGAAGUCCAAGCCAUGCCUCAUCAAGAAGGAGCCGCCAGCCGGAGACCUGGCCCCUGCUUUGGCUGAGGAUGGGCCCCCCACAUCAGCUCCUGGGCCUGUGCAGCCCCUCUUGCCGCUGGCGCCCAUGGCUGGCCGGCCGGGCAAACCAGGAGCUGGGCCAGCCCAGGUACCCCGCGAUCUCAGCCUCGCACCCAUCACCGGUGCCAAGCCCUCAGCCACCAGCUACCUGGGCUCAGUGGCAGCCAAGCGGCCCCUGCAGGAGGACCGCCUCCUCCCUGCAGAGGUCAAGGCCAAGACCUACAUCCAGACUGAACUGCCCUUCAAGGCAAAGACCCUCCACGAGAAGACCUCCCACUCCUCCACCGAGGCCUGCUGUGAGCUGUGUGGCCUUUACUUCGAAAACCGCAAGGCCCUGGCCAGCCACGCGCGGGCGCACCUGCGGCAGUUCGGCGUGACUGAGUGGUGUGUGAACGGCUCACCCAUUGAGACGCUGAGCGAGUGGAUCAAGCACCGGCCCCAGAAGGUGGGCGCCUACCGCAGCUACAUCCAGGGCGGCCGCCCCUUCACCAAGAAGUUCCGUAGUGCUGGCCAUGGCCGUGACAGCGACAAGCGGCCACCCCUAGGGCUGGCACCCGGGGGCUUGGCUGUGGUGGGCCGCAGUGCUGGGGGUGAGCCAGGGCCGGAGGCUGGCCGGGCAGCUGACAGUGGUGAGCGGCCUCUAGCAGCCAGCCCACCAGGCACUGUGAAGGCUGAGGAGCACCAGCGGCAGAACAUCAACAAAUUUGAGCGCCGACAAGCUCGCCCUGCAGAUGCCUCUGCAGCCAGGGGAGGUGAGGAGAUCAAUGACAUGCAGCAGAAGCUGGAGGAGGUGCGGCAGCCCCCUCCCCGAGUCCGACCGGUCCCCUCCCUGGUGCCCCGGCCUCCCCAGACGUCACUGGUCAAGUUCGUCGGCAACAUCUACACCCUCAAGUGCAGGUUCUGUGAGGUGGAAUUCCAGGGGCCCCUCUCCAUCCAAGAGGAAUGGGUGCGGCACUUACAGCGGCACAUCCUGGAGAUGAAUUUCUCCAAAGCGGACCCCCCGCCCGAGGAUCCCCAGGCCCCACCAUCACAGACAGCAGCGGCAGAGGCGCCCUAACACAAAAGCAUUCCAGAUCCCUCUUGUGCCACCUCUGUCAACUCCUCGGUCUCCUCCUCCUUCUCCCUCUUUCUUUUCCGUUCCCAAAGGAGCAAGCCAAAACCUCAAACCGGCACCCUCAGGGGCCGGGCACACUACAGCCGGAGCACCCUUCCUUCAGCCUGAGGACUCUGGGGCCACACCCAGGGCAUCUUCCUUCAGCCCACGCCCACCUAGUGUGGGCAGCAGCCAGGUCCCUGGUGGCAGGAGAUCUUGUCACAGGGGAGGAAUGCCAGCACUCCCCUGAGUCUAGCAGCCAGGUGGGGCUCUGUUUGCCAUCCGUGGCCAUUUGCAAAGACCCCAAAGACCCCCUGUCCUUCUUGCCCUCGUUAAUAUCUUCUCACACGCACGCACACGCGAACACACACACACACGCAUGCACGCACACACGCACCUCGUGAGAACCCGGGAUCUGCCCCAGCCCCCCAGUUCCCGAGUCAACAACCACGUCAUGCCACGGUGCUUGCUCAGGGGAAGGCACGCUCCCUCUGCUGGCCCACCGGGGCUUGGGAGCCUCCACUGAGCCCACAAUGCCACGGAAAUCCUUGUUGGCCACGCUCCCCCAGAGGGGCCUUCCUAGCUGGGAAGAGCUCAGAGCUGACAGCUGCCUCCUGCCAUGUCCAGGCCCCCCAGAGCCUCAGGGGCUCCGGGCCCUGGAGGGGUGGGGGUGGGACUCUCCUUCCCCACCUCCACCCCCCUCUCUCUUUUCACUGUUCCUUUCUAUGUAUAGCUCCCUAGACCUUUCACUUUUUUAAAAACGCGUUUUGUGUAGAGAAUAAGGAACGUGGAUCUUUUUAUUUUGCAAUCCUGGGCCAGCUAGAAACCGGGAGCUGAUCAAUCUUUUAACUUUUUUCAGUGGCCACAUUUUGGUUAUCAAUGUACCUAGAAGUAUGUAAAUUAGAUUAAAUUUCUCUUCUGGAAACACCCCGGGGCAGGCGGCCAGCGUGUGUUUUUCUGUAGAGUGGACAGGCUGGCAUCGGCUGGCAGCUAAGACUGGGAUCAAGUAGUCUCCUUCACCCAGAGCCCCCAGAAGCCCUGGGUUUUCCCACUGGCCACCAAGCCAACCAGACUCAGCUGCAGAUGAGCCCAAGUUCCCAGCUGUUGACCCUCAGUGACAUGUUUAGGGGCUCUGGCCAGUUGGUGAAGUGGCUCCUGUGAGCAGAGGAGCUGAUCCAGGAAGGAAGUCAGGAUGGAGAAGCGACAGGCUGAAGGGCUCUCUGAGGCAGGAGCUGUCCAGCGACAGUGUAGGGGACCUGCUGGGGGAGGGAGGAGUACAAAGCUGCUGGGAGCCUUCAGAGAGCUGGGACUGGCCUGCCCUCAAGACAUGUGACUUGUCGGGAGUUACAUGCUCCCUGAACCCCAGUAACAUGAGGGGGAAAAGGGAGCUGCUGGCUCCUCUGCAAUGUUAUUUAUUUUCUCGCUCUGCAAAUGUUUAUUGAACAUUUCUGAGAUUUUAAGAGAUUUUGUUGGCUGCUCCUUGUUUAUUGCAUGUGGUUUUUCAGCUAAUUGUUUUCACUUAAACAGCCAAGGGCUGGAAAGUGGGAAUGACCUCAUGAGGUUUAGACAGAAGAGACCUCUCCAGCCCCAAAUCCUGUUACCCUGGCCCCCACUGUGCACCCACCUGGGAAGGAGGGGCCAAGAAGCUGUGACAACAUGCCCACAGGAGUGGUCUUGGUCUGCACACUUGGCUUUUAUGCUUGUGGGAGGUCAGGGCACAUAAUUUGCCUGGUGAAGUAAGGCCUCAACCAGUGCUGUCAUUCCUACAUUGUGGGUGGGCAUGUCUGAGACUUUGAAAGCAGCAAGAUUAUCUCUUGAGAUGAGAGCUGACCCAAAGGCACUUCAUUCUGCUUUUUACACAUUAGUGAAAAAAAGUAUAAAAGUGAUGAUAAGCUGGAUGUAUAAAAAGUUCAGAUGAUGCAAGAACUUAUAAAGUAACAUGGGAAGCCCCUCAAUCAUGUAAUGAUAGCUGUGUGAGUCCUUGAAAGGGUCACAUACAGUUCUUACUACAGAGGAGUCUUUUCCUAAAACUUCUGGACAUGCCCCUUCUUAAGCUGUUCUGUUCAGAGGCAAAGGGUUAGAUGUUAAAAUCAUCAAAGGGUAAAAAUGAUGGCUGUGUUAUGUGCCAUGAAGGAAGCUCCCCAGGAGAAGUUCCAGGGGACUGCUUUAAUUUGGAAGACAGGCAGGUGUCCCUGAAGGUGAUACAAAUGAGCCCCAAAGCUGAAGUGCACAUCAAUCGGUUUUAUGUGCUUCAUAUAUGGAGUUUGUCAAUGCAUCAUAAACCUUGUCCCAUGUGGCAGCAAGUUCUGCAGAAACCCCAUUUUGCAGAGAGGAGUUGUUUUGCUAACAUUUUAUUGUGGAGAAUUCCAACCCUACAAAAGAAUAGUACAAUGAAUGCUCAGCUACUCAUCAAUUAUUAACUCAUUACUAAUCUCUUCAGUUAUUUCAGCUAUAACCCCUUCACACUCCCCCUUCCCCAUCUGAAUUAUGGUGAAGCACGUUUUGGUCGUCAGAUCAAUUACUCUAUUUCUGUAGGUCAUUAUUACACCUAAAGAAAUUGAUGCUUCUCUAAUAAAAAACCAGCAAACGGCAUACUUUAACAAACUUAAGUAAAGCAGAAAAAAAGUGAA